CUGGGAACACGCACUUCACAACCGACCGCAUCGGAGAAUUCCCCUGCCCACCCCUUCAAGCAUGGCUCGUGACUAUGAUCAUUUGUUUAAGCUGGUGUUGAUCGGCGACUCGGGCGUCGGCAAGUCGUGCCUGCUGCUGCGAUUCGCCGACGACGCGUUCACAGAGAGCUACAUCACGACGAUUGGCGUGGAUUUUCGCUUCCGAACGGUGAAAAUCGACAAGAAGACGGUCAAGUUGCAGAUCUGGGACACAGCUGGGCAAGAACGAUUUCGUACGAUCACGAGUGCUUACUACCGUGGCGCCGAUGGGAUCAUCAUGGUGUACGACGUCACGAGUCAGGAAUCGUUCGACCAUGUGAACGACUGGCUGAACGAAGUGAAUCGAUAUGCGAGCGAAGGCACGUGUAAGUUAUUGGUCGGGAACAAGAGCGACAUGACCACGAAGAAGGUCGUGUCCUUCGAAAGCGCCAAGGCGUUCGCAGACAGCCUCGCCAUCCCAUUCUUGGAGACCAGUGCCAAGAAUGCGCAAAACGUCGAAGAAGCUUUCCUCACCAUGGCUUCGGAACUCAUUACGAUUCGAGAAUUGGUCGGCAGUAGUACCACCAAGCCCCAUGGCACCACGCUCUCCAACGACUCCGCCAAGCAAUCGAACUCCAACUCGUGCUGCAAUUAGGAGCUUGCUGCGAACGCUGGCAGUGUACACCUUGAGGCACCCUUUUCCUAUUGUUUAAUCGACUGAAUAUUCGUCCAUAAUGUCCAUUCUCGUCGAUAAAGCAGCGUAAUUGAGUCAUAUGUGGAAGGAUU